GCGCUGUUGGCCCCUAUGCGACUACUCGCACAUGGACACGGCGGAGGUCCCGGCCGGCCUGACGACGACCGGAGGACCCGACGGCGGGGAAGCCGCCGGGGUGGCCCCGGACCGGGAGGACGUCCCCGGGGCCAUGGAGGCCUCGGCGGUGGUGGAGGCCAAGGCGGCCGUCCGCGGGGCUGAGUGCCGGCACGUCGAAGACGGGGCCUCCUCGGUCUCGGACACGCCUUCGGUGACGGUGAGGGCCGAGGCCAGGAAGCCGACGGUGCUGGAGAGCCACGGCUACACCGUCGGGGACACCGUCGGUUCCGGCUCCUACGCCACCGUCAAGGUCGCGAAGUCGCGGCACCACGACUGCGACGUGGCCGUCAAGAUCGUGUCCAAGCUCCAGGCGCCGCCCGACUACCUGGUCAAGUUCCUGCCCCGCGAGAUCGAGGUGGUGAAGGGGCUGCGCCACCCGAACGUCAUGCGCUUCCUGCAGGCCAUCGAAACGACGCACAGGAUGUACAUCGUCAUGGAGUACGCGUCCAACGGGAGCCUCCUGGACGUCAUUCGCCGCGAGAGCCACAUCGACGAGGUGCGUGGCCGCCGCUGGUUCGGCCAGCUCGCGGACGCCGUGCAAUACUGCCACGAGCUGGGCAUCGUGCACAGAGACAUAAAGUGCGAGAACCUUCUCAUGGACGCAGACCUCAACAUCAAGCUGUCCGACUUCGGCUUCGCUCGACGGGGAGAGUCCACCGCGCAGGCGCCGCACCUUUCCGAGACGUUCUGCGGCAGCUACGCGUACGCCUCACCUGAGAUCCUGCGGGGCGUGCCGUACCAGCCGCAGCUCGCCGACAUCUGGUCCAUGGGGGUGGUGCUGUACGCCAUCGUAUUCGGCCGCCUGCCCUUCGACGACUCCAAGUUCAACCAGCUGCUCAGGCAGGUGCAGAGCAAAGUGGUCUUCCCCGAGCAGCCGCGCGUGUCGGCCGCCUGCAAGUCCCUCAUCUGCCGGAUUCUAGCCCCCGCGAGGGACCGCCUGCGGCUGCCAGUUAUCCGCAUGGACGCCUGGCUCGUGCAAGGGGUCAGCCUGGCACUCCCUGCCCCACCACCAGCAGUGGAAGAGGUGGCACAGACGUUCCUUCCGACAGCAGAAGAUGAACUUGAUAUGUCUCACAAUAAGCUAAAGUAA